CGAUGAUGCUACCUAGCUUUGUAUUAGGAUUAUUCCUGAUAUUCGCGGUACAGUGCCGCUAUCUUGUCCGGAGAGACUGCACGUUCUCUGUCGCCGUAUCUGCUGGUGAUACUUGCUCGUCUCUCGCUAGCUACUGGGGAAUCACCUUGGCCCAGUUUCAAAGUUACAACCCAGGUGUUGACUGCGCCAAGGAUCUCACAGUCGAUACUAACUACUGCAUUGAGUGGGAUGACGGUCGACCGCCACCUACUAGCACCACCACGACGUCCAGUACUACCACUUCAACAGCUUCAACAACACCCUCUGGGCCAUCCCCUACCCAGACUGGCAUUGCCUCCAACUGUAACGCAUACUACAAGGCUGUCUCAGGCGAUACUUGCCAAAAGAUCGUCGAAUAUUUCGGCAAUUUUACUCUUACGGAUUUCUACAACUGGAACCCGGCUGUUGGUUUAGACUGCUCCCAACUUUUUCUUGGAUUUUAUUAUUGCGUGGGAACAAUCUCGAGUGGAAGCGUGACCACUAUUACGACUGCCACUAGUUCCACUACUACAGGUCCACCUCAACCUGUGUAA